UCGUCCGAACGAAAGCCGAAACGACAGGCGGCAAGAAUCAUUCAAUAGCGCCACUAACAAGUUUGUUGUAAUUGCAGCAGCGCUCUCUUCUCUUGGGUGUUUGUAUGUUUGUGUUGUUACGGCAUUAUGUGUAUUGCUCGCACCGCAACCACCAUCGACUCAGCACAAUCACCACUACCUCCGGCAGCAUCGUCACUAUUACUGCUGCUGUCAUAACCAGCAGCAGCCGCGGCAGCAUUAACACCAUUACCGCAAAGCGUUUAGCAACCGAAUGCUCUGGCCACGCCAAACAUUUAGGACAUUUAUGAUAUUUCUGCAGCACAAUUUAAUGGCGGACGCAUAGCGUGCAUGCAAAGUGUAUCGAAAGGACGAAAAUCUGGAUUUUGAAUACCACAAAGCGGCGGGGAUUUAUCCUUGUCUCGUUGGUGAGAUUGUGUGAUGUUGGCGGCGGUGGUGGUGUUUGUGUUGUUUUUGCCGCUGCAUGCAUUUCCCUCGCCAUCGUGCCAUUAUAAUUCGUAGUCGGUGCCGUCAUCAGUUGGUACAUUUGUGAUAUUUGGUGAAAAGUGUUUUCGUGUUCUAGUUUUUCGGCAUACACAUUUUAUAAACAAAAUAUUAAAAUAUAUAUACAAACUUAAGGAUUAGCAAUAUAGUAAUUACAAAAAUCUGCAACAAUUAAUAAAAAAGUGUAAGUGCCGAAUAAUUUGUGGUAAAAAUGCUACAAAACUGCAAAACUAAUAACUCCAAAGUGGUUGUAAAUUAAUUGACUGGCAUACUCGACUUGUUUGUUUAAAAGUUCUCGAAUGAAUUAAAUAAUAUGUGGCAUAUAAUAUUGUUUAGCGUAUUAUUUGGUUGCAGAAUUAAGUAUUCUUGAAAGCAGAUGUGGCAAAACCGUAAAUUAUUAUUUACUAGUAUUAAAUCAACAUAAACAAAUUUACAUAUAUUUGGCGCGCCAUCUGCCGACAACUUUACGCAACUGCUUUAAGUAAGUGGUACUGCAACAUACUCCACUGCUAAAAAUGGAUCAUUCAAAUCUGCCAUUCGGUUUUGCUUUACCCGGUCAUGCACACAUGCCAAUACCACCAACACCAAAUUUGAUGUCUGGCCAUCCCGGCCCCACAUCCAGCCCACCGCAAAGUGUGCCCGGUAGACGAACACCGCUUGGUGCUGUGGGGCUCGGCGGCUUCUAUGCGCAAGGACUUGGUAUGUCACAGCAAGCUUCCAUGCCGACAGAUGAAAAUAAGCCCAGUCCAAGUGCACUCGGCGCUGUUGGUGGCAGUAGUAUGGGGCAUGGACUAAAAACGCCACCACAAUCCCUAUCUGGUGGCACGACAAUUGUGGCCGCGGGCAGUGGGACAAGUGGAGGCGGUGGCAGUGGCAAACAGAAGAACCGACAGGCAAAAACAGUGCGGUUGAAUAUAAAUGCGAGGGAGCGGCGACGCAUGCACGAUCUGAACGAUGCUUUGGAUGAACUGCGCAGCGUAAUACCCUACGCGCAUUCGCCUUCCGUGCGGAAGCUGUCAAAGAUCGCCACAUUGUUAUUAGCUAAGAAUUAUAUACUAAUGCAACAGAAUGCAUUGGACGAGUUGCGACGACUCUUGGCCUACAUUCAGAGCACAAGUGGCGCAGCACCGCUCGACUUAGGCUCGUUUCCUGCCGCCGCAAAACUACAAGCACUCUUACAGGGGCCACACGAGCCACCGAAUAGUAGCUAAACAUUAGAUACUUGUGCAAAGUGAAAUGUUGAGCGAAUAGUGAGAGCAGAAGAUAACGACUUUGCGGGAGAUAGUGCCAAAGACUCAUUCGGUUUAUAACACGAAUGCUGUGUACUUCCGAUUUUUUUUUCGCUAUCAGCAGUUUAGUCAGUAACACACGACUAGCUAUUAAUUUUUAAAUUUAUAGUAAAACAAAAUCGAUUUUAAUCAAGCGCAGUUUUGUAAAUGCGUAUAAUGAUGGAGAGAAUUAUGUUUGUAGCAAUUUACACUAGUCAUCACAGCCAUGCCAAAAAUGUUAAGUGAUAUUUUUCAAGUUUCUUCUUUUCAAUUUGUAUAUUUUACACAUAUUUUUAAGUAUAUGAAAAGCAAUUAAACGUUUUAUAUCUUAGUACUUGAUUUUAUUAUGAUAUAUUCAUAAUUAUAAGUAAUAGUUUUGCAAAGAACAAACUAUAAUAAAUGUAAAUGAAGAUCGUUUUAAA